CCCACCCCGCCGCCGCCGUGCUCACACACACACACACACACACACACACACACACACACGCAGACGCGCAGCCGGGAGGCGCUCGGCGGCACCGGCGGAGGGGGGAGCUGCCGCCCGCCUCGCCCGCUUCACCCACCCGCCGCCAAACCCCCCCCCCCCCCCCCCCCCCCGCCCGCCCGCCCUCGGGGGCGGCUGCCCCCGGCGGAGCCUCCAUCUGCAGCCCGGCGGCGGGAGCGGGAACAUGGCGGACCUGGAGGCGGUGCUGGCCGAUGUCAGCUACCUGAUGGCGAUGGAGAAGAGCAAGAGCACCCCGGCGGCCAGGGCCAGCAAGAAGAUCACCCUGCCCGAGCCCAGUAUCCGCAGUGUUAUGCAGAAAUACCUUGAGGAAAGGGGUGAAUUAACCUUUGACAAGAUCUUUCAUCAGAGAAUUGGUUUUUUGCUUUUUAAAGACUAUUGCAUGAACGAGAUUGAUGAAGCUGUCCCGCAACUGAAGUUUUACGAAGAGAUAAAAGAAUACGAGAAACUGGAUUCUGAGGAUGAGCGUCUGACCCGAAGUCGGCAGAUUUAUGACACGUACAUAAUGAAGGAGCUGCUGUCCUGUUCACACCCUUUCUCAAAACAAGCUGUAGAUCAUGUACAAACACAUUUAGCCAAGAAACAAGUGCCAGCCAGCCUUUUUCAGCCAUAUAUAGAAGAAAUUUGUGAUAGUCUCCGAGGAAAAAUAUUUCAGAAAUUUAUGGAAAGUGACAAGUUUACUAGAUUUUGUCAAUGGAAAAACGUAGAACUAAAUAUUCAUCUGACCAUGAAUGAUUUUAGUGUACACAGAAUAAUAGGAAGAGGGGGAUUUGGUGAAGUGUAUGGUUGCAGAAAAGCAGACACUGGAAAAAUGUAUGCAAUGAAAUGUUUAGAUAAGAAGAGAAUCAAGAUGAAGCAAGGAGAAACAUUAGCCUUAAAUGAAAGAAUUAUGCUGUCUCUUGUCAGUACAGGAGACUGUCCUUUUAUAGUGUGUAUGACCUAUGCCUUCCACACCCCUGACAAACUCUGUUUCAUUCUGGACCUGAUGAAUGGAGGAGAUUUGCACUACCACCUCUCCCAGCACGGAGUGUUUUCUGAAAAAGAAAUGAGGUUUUAUGCUACUGAAAUCAUCCUGGGUUUAGAGCACAUGCACAAUCGCUUUGUUGUAUACAGAGACCUAAAGCCUGCAAAUAUCUUGUUGGAUGAACAUGGGCACGUGAGGAUAUCAGACCUUGGGCUGGCUUGUGAUUUUUCCAAAAAGAAGCCACAUGCUAGUGUAGGUACCCAUGGGUACAUGGCUCCCGAGGUGCUCCAGAAGGGAACAGCAUACGAUAGCAGUGCGGACUGGUUCUCAUUAGGCUGCAUGCUUUUCAAACUCCUAAGAGGUCACAGUCCUUUCAGACAGCACAAAACCAAAGAUAAGCAUGAGAUCGACCGGAUGACGCUCACCGUGAAUGUGGAGCUACCAGAUUCAUUUUCUCCUGAACUGAAGUCCCUUUUGGAAGGGCUCCUGCAGCGAGAUGUUAGCAAGAGGCUUGGAUGCCAAGGGAGAAGUGCACAAGAAGUAAAAGAACAUCCUUUCUUCAAAGGCAUUGAUUGGCAGCAAGUCUAUUUACAAAAGUAUCCUCCACCACUGAUUCCUCCACGGGGAGAAGUAAAUGCAGCAGAUGCUUUUGAUAUUGGGUCGUUUGAUGAAGAAGACACUAAAGGCAUUAAGUUGCUUGAUAGUGACCAGGAGUUAUAUAAGAACUUCCCUCUGGUAAUAUCGGAGCGUUGGCAGCAAGAAGUAGCAGAAACUGUUUAUGAUGCAGUAAAUGCAGACACAGAUAAAAUUGAGGCCAGAAAAAGGGCUAAAAAUAAGCAGCUUGGCCAUGAGGAAGAUUACGCGCUUGGGAAGGACUGUAUUAUGCACGGAUACAUGCUGAAAUUGGGGAACCCCUUCUUGACUCAGUGGCAGCGGCGUUACUUUUACCUUUUCCCCAACCGACUUGAAUGGCGAGGAGAAGGAGAGUCGCGGGACCGCUGGACUAUUUAUACAAAAAACCAUAAACUGCAAAACCUACUGACAAUGGAACAAAUAGUAUCUGUCGAAGAAACACAAAUUAAAGAUAAGAAAUGCAUCUUACUGAGAAUUAAAGGAGGAAAACAGUUUGUCCUACAGUGUGAGAGUGACCCAGAAUUUGUUCAGUGGAAAAAAGAGCUGACAGAAGCUUUUACUGAGGCACAGAGGUUGCUGCGUCGGGCUCCAAAGUUUCUCAAUAAAUCUCGCUCAACAGUUGUAGAGCUUUCAAAACCACCGCUCAGCCACAGGAAUAGCAACGGUCUGUAGGAGAAACAGGAAACAAAGUUCACGUAGGGAAAGCUACUGGGUGAACAUGCUGAGUUUCACAGAAUCCUUAUGAAUUACUUUGUGCAAUCCUGGACGCGGGAUGUGCUUAGAAGAGGAAGACUUAGAUGUUUACAGCGUGGGACGAUGUCAGAAAUCUGUCUCUGGAGGUUGUGAUGACUGGAACAAUGGCAAGUGAGUUCAUGCUCCUGGCAGCGGUGGAAGUGACCAAGCGUAGAGGCUGCAUAUUGCUCCCGUGCAUCCCCACACCCUGGCGGUGUCCCAGCCGUGGUCCGUUACUCUAGAACUACUGAUGGAAGGAAGAUGCUGUUUUCUCCGCAAUACCCUUGCUCGGUGCUGGAGACUGGCGUGGUUGCUGCUGGCUAGGAUUACACUUGCGUGUGCGAUACCGGCAAACCCCUCAGCUGUGGAAGGAGCUGCAGACUUGCCAUGUUGGAUAACCCUUAAUCUGUCGUGUUGCCAUGUUCUUUCCGACCAUUACUGCUGACUUUAUAAUAACCUUUCUCCAUACUGCUGAUGAUCAACAGUGUGACUCUUAUGCACUUCAAAGUACUGAAUUCUAACUGUCCUGUGGUUUAAAUGUUAUUGCUACUUCAUGGAAACAUUGAACUCAAAUUAUUCACUUGGUUUGUUGUACUCACUAAUAGUAGCUACCACCGUUUUGCUUCUUCUACGUAUAUGCAGUACUAUAACUGACACAAUAGAGUAAUAAUUGGUGAAGAGGAAUUUAUGGUAGCUUCAUCUAGUGCUCUGUUGUAUAAAUUGACUAUUUUAGCACAGUUUUUAAAGAGCAGAUUCCUUUUGACAAGUUUACAGUGAACAUAAAGACAGUUCUUUUCCAUUUCAGGUCAACUGCACUUUUUAAAAAUUAAAAAGAAAUUACUCAAAUCCAAUGCAUUCUAGUGCAUGUACUGGGUUAAAAUGUCUGGGUACCUCGGUACGUAUUCUGGAUCACUCCUCAGUUAGGGGACUUGUGGAUCCUUCUCUGUUGUACACAAACCCAUUAAGCAAGCGUGUUCUCAUAGCGUAGAUAUCCCCGGCUUUCACUGUAGCGCAGCUCAGGAGGUUCGUGCACACAUCACAUGGCUCGGCUUGCAAAAAGAUUUUUUCAUUUUCUUCUCUGGAGAGUUCAAACUGUCCACAUUGAAAACAGUCUGAGAGUACUGAGGAUGGAACUGACAAAGCGAGCUGAUCAAAUGCCAGAUUGCUAUUAAUUCUACUUGAGACGUCAGUCAUGUCAUGUGGAAACUCUUGCUAAAGCAAAGCUAGAAUCUCUUAACUGUUAGACAACUCGAAGCAUGCGAAGGCAGCCUUUCCCUGCUUGUUGUGAUGUUUUGUAAGAGGUAGGUCAGGGCUGAAUUUAAGCUUCUUAUUUUUUUUUUUUUUUUUUUUUUUUUUUUUUUCCCCCCGAUUCAGCGAACACCUCGGAGGACGUUUUCUGCCCAGUUACAGCGGUACAACUCUCAUAGUCCCUAAAGACGAUGGGAAUUGCACCCGGAGAACGGGCACAGAAGUUGCCCCAGCAGCUCUCUCUGCCCGCCUGCGUGCGCGGUUGCUCUCGCUGGCCUUGCUGAUAGCCACAGAGUUCUAGCGCCGUUUCCUUGUAGAAAAGUACAAAUUGGCAGAACCGGGAGAAUUUUUUUGAAAGCAUUUGUUUAUCCUGAACACAUUUGUAAUAAAAUUUGGAUGUAUUUGCUUCUAGAAGCGGGAGCGGCUUAACUCUGCCGAGCGUGUGCUUUCUCAACUGCGCAAACUCUGUCUUCCCAUCUGGUGCAGCGUAAAAGGAAAAAAAUGCAUUUUGGAAAUAGCCCGUGUGAGUCAGGUGAUAUCUUUUAAUGAUUUUUUUUUUUCCCCCCAUUUAUUUUUCAAAUUAUUCUGUAUGGAGAGUACCAAUUCCUAUGUUAUUCUUACUGGUAAGUGAUGUUUAGCAUCUCAGCGUCCCCUGUUAAGGAGCAGUGAUGGCAUUUACCGAGGUUUAGAAGAGAAAAUGUCUCAUCUUGCUGGCGCUGUCUGUGCACUGGAUGUUGUUAAGCUUUUCCUACAAAACCAUGCGAUGCUCUUGUUUUACUUCUUGAUUUGGAAAAAUCCCUCCGAUCGUGAUGCAAACCGCUCUCAGUUCUCGUGUAACGUGUUCGUACUUUCUAAGCUCGUUACCAGUUCCAUUCUUCUCUUCCCGUUAUUUUCCACGGUUGCUUUCUGCUCUCAAUCCUUGCUGGCAGAGCUUUGCAGUUUCUGAUGCGGCGCACCGUAGAUUCCGGACGCUGGUGUCUGUGAGGAGGGGAGGGACGGGUCUGCGCUUGGGUCGUUGUGCCUCAAAACCGUAGAUUUCAUACCAAACGAAGGCUGUGGUUCGACUUACAGAAGUAGGCGUCUUUUGAAGUGUUCCCGAGUUGGGAUGGCCCUCGAACACGCUCGUUGGCGUGGCCCUCGCUGCCUCGGCCGGGCGUGCGGCAGCCGAGCGGUGCCCUCGCUCAGCGCCGCUGCCAGACCAGCGCCAAACAGUGAAAGGGUUAUUCUUCUUUAGCCAACUGAUUUAUCGGCAAUUUAGGAAAGCUUUACGUCUGUGACUCGCACGCGGUUGUGCUGUUAGGAGAGAUUGCCAUAGCGAAAAGCUCACCUACUCAUUGUGGAAGCUGGGAGCCCAGUGAUAACGGGAGAUCUGUGAGGAAGGGACUGGAUCUGCUGGUGUGGAGGGAGAGCUGGCAUUCUGCCCUUUAAAGGAAAAUACUAGAUACUGCUUCCAACUGAUUGCUCCUGGUUUAGGUACGAGAUUCUCUGAAGGUUUCUUCCCUUGGACAAAGAUUCUUGUGGUGUUAUUUUACACGAGGGUCUUUAGCUGGAUGCGUAGAAAAUCUUGUUGAAGGCAGACAGUGUGAGGCACAGCAUUGUCUUUUACACAUUCUGACUGCAUUUGUAGAACUUUUUGUUUUAUUCUUUUUAAAUGUUCAGGGAAGUAAAGAUAAAGGGAAUUAGAGCUUCAGGCAUCAACAGAGCUGAGUGAAUGAUUAAACACAGAUUUUUAAACAAAUGAUCUGAAAGUCCUUUAAAAUAAGAUCAGCCAUAUUGGAGAUCUAAGCAUGUAUGGGAAUUAUUUCUUGUAUUUCAAAAUAGAGAAUCGCAUGCCAGGUAGAGCCCUGUUAAACCCUCCCUGACACAUCCACAUGCCUUCAGAGCUGCAGGGGUUAUAUUCUAAUUAUUCUUUGUCUCUGACGUACAAGCUGACAAAUGCUGUAAGACUAGAUCCUGGAAAGCAAGCGUGUGAGUGACGUGGUGGUGGAAAGAUGUGCAAUUUCUGCAGGAGCGAGGCGCGGGGGGUCACGGAGAUUUUAGGAGAGCUGCCGCUCCGUUCCGUGUGCUUUUCCUUUCCCUUUGCCUUUCCCACCACACUCUGAGGUAGGGCGGCAUUUUUGAUAACGUGGGAGUUGCUGUAAAUGAAUGUCUCGCUUCAAGAAGAGGGAUACACCGAACUCUAGCCAAAAUGAGACUUUUAUGAGUUGAAAUUUACGGGCAGGGAAAGCAAAGCUCCGGUUAUUCCUGCUGCAAGCAGAGUCUGACUGAGGAACAGUUUGGAGCUGGGCAGGAGCUUGGCCGGUGCCGUGAAGUGUUGGACACUGUGUCAGCUGAGAUGUCCCCUCACGGCAGGUACAAAUUAGGCAAUUUUUAUUACUCAAAUUUAUUCGGUAAUUAUUCCGCAAACUCAUGAAACUGUUAAAGGAACAUUUAGUAAUUCUGGGGGGGAAAUCCCUCAUCUAACUGUAGGCUCUCCGGUUCACUGAAUAUAAAAGCAUCUUCCUAUUAGUUGUGUUUGAGCUUUCUGUCUUGUCGCUGGUCGAGCAGAGUCUGCGGCUGCGGCCUCCCGAGUCGCUUCUCAUCCUGCUGCCGUGGGAGAAGCCUCGCUGGUGGCGAUGCUGGAGAUGCUGGAGCUGAUCCAGCCUUGAGGUUCCCAGUGCGUUACCCCCCCGCCCCCCCGCCCCCCCCCCCCCCCCCCCCCCCCCCCCCCCCCCGUUAGGUUUCACAGCAGAGACUCCGAGCGCGCUGUUGGCAGUUGGCUGUGCGGGUGGGACGCCCGGCAGGGCAGGGACUGUGCUGCACGCAGCUCCAGGAGACAUACCUCAGCUUCACCGUGUUCGUUUGAAUUUCCCUUCAUUUCAACAACUCUCCUUUAGAAACGCGGCCGUUGUUUUUCUUCCCCCGCUUCUUCCGAGGGGCAAAAAAAAAAAAAAAAAAAAAAAAGGAAAUAGGAUCGUCGGGUCGGUUUGGGUUUUAAUACAAGCGCGGGUGUUUGCAGGCCAGUGCCUAGGCGAUGGGAAACGCUGUGUAUUUGGUGCUAAACACAAACCAGUUUAUCCCAGGGGUGGGUGGGUUUGCUACGGCGGCGUUGCCGCCGCGGGUGGGAUGGGGCCCCGGUGCGUGCGGCGACUCGCGCUUCGGUAGGUUCUGUAGGUUUGCAGUAAAUGAGCUGGUGAAAAGUGAAAUGCCUGGAGCUCUGUGUGUUGCUCUGUCCCUGGCUGCUGAGCAGUUUUUAGCAGCUUUUAUCAGUUUUAGGACUAGGUUCUUCUUCAAUAUCACGGCCAUAAUCUCCGUGCUGCAGCCGUUCGCAAUCACACACGGGUUCCGCUGUUCCCCCACACAGCAGAUGGCAAUGAUACAGUUAAUUUAACUCUGAAAUGCUCACACUCUAAAUAUAUAUGGAGGAAGGACUAUUUUGAAGUGUACAGUAGAAAGUAAAUAAUUCUAGUUGUGUUGAUUAAUAUAAGGAAUGAGUCAAUUCUACAAAUCAGAAAAUCUGAAAAGCGUAUUUUGAAAAAGCAUAGUAUUAAUUUUAAUAUUGUAAAAAAAGGAAAAUAUCUAAAAUAUACAGAGAACAUAUGUAUAUCCAAAUGUCUGAGGAAUUUCAAGAUAAUCUACUUUUGUUUUCUGUUGAUUUCUAUUCCAUGGUGUACAUAUUGUGUGGAUUGAACAUUGGCUGUUUUAAUACUAUUGUUAAAUUGUAUUAUUUUUAUUUUGUGUUAAACUAAUCAUCACAGACUCAGCUUUAUUUUGUUUAUGUAAAGGUUGCUAUGCUAUGUAGGUAUAAAACCAAGAAUUCUAUUUUAACAAAAAAGCAUUUUAUAUUAUUUAUUAAAUACAUGUUUCUCCAACUUCUGACAUUCCACAGAAUUUCUGCUCCGUACAUGUAUAGAAAUGGCAGUUCCUUUCAAGCAGGAUCAGUCAGCUUUAUUCUGUUUUUCAUAAUAAAAUCAAAAUAGUUUCCAUCAGUCUGUCCAGCUUACCCUUCUGUUACGAGCACAGCGACUGCUGGCAGGACCAUCUCGCAGUGCAGUGGCUCGUGAGUGCAGAAACAUCUGAAAAACUCUGGCAAAUAAACCCCUCGCUUUGGUAUUUCUAAAUUUCCCCUUCAUUCCUCGGCACUUCAGAGCGCAAGCGUUUUAUUCACAGGAGUCUGUGCUGGGUUCACGAGAAUUAAUGACCUGAAAUUGGGGCAAGGGAUCAGCUCGAUGUUUGAAAAAGCUCGGCGAGGAGCUCAGGCGCUGCAAAGCUCCUUAAUUGCGAGGGGCCGGGGGGGGGGGGGGGUGUCACGGGGGUUCGGGUGCAGGCAGGGACGGCCCCGCCGGUGAUCGCAAAAACGCCUUCAAAAAUGACUUUUGCUGUUUCAGGGCGAUUCCUCUCGGUGCUUAAAAAGAGGCUGGAGCCCGGGGAGGCGGCCUGGGGAGCGGGGGGACUCGGCUCGUUGCCCCGCGCCGCAGCCGAGGAGGGGAGCGGGCACCCCCCCGGCGCCCCGGCAGGGACCCUCCCUCCCUCCGCGGGGGUGUCGGGAAGGCGAGCCCCCCCCUCUCCCCACCCCGAGCAGAAUGCCAUUCCGCAUGGCAUGGGCCCGCUCGCCCUGCCACGAGCGUUUGCUGGAGGGCAGCUACCGCUGGGCGCAUCUCUCGGUGGCCAAAGCAAGCACCUCCUUCCCGAGCGAGGCGCAAAAAUAGCACGAAAUUCCUCGGGUAACUCAUUGGCUAAAAAUAAUUCCCGUUGCAAUCGUGGCCCCUGCGGUUUGAAGAAUACUCAAGGUGUUAAAGCACGUGCUUUUCAUUUCCACUGCGGUGGAGCUUGAAGUACCUGCUCUUCAGGGCUUCACCGAGCGGCACCUCCAGGGUGAAAUUUGGCUUUUGCUGAGGCCGCCUCUUCUUGCUGAGACGCUGCCCGGAGCGGGGAGGGGGGUGGCUGAUUUUCCCCUGUCGUAAUUCUUGCCUUGUUCUCCGUUUUCCCCCUUCUCACGCCUGCCUGGUCGUGUUUUCUUGCUGCAGCGUUGAGCUGCUCUGCCCCGAGAGCGCCUGGAGGGAGGGAGAGGCCGGCGGCGGGUGGGAGACGGCCGAAACGUGCCGUGAUUUGGGGCCAAGCGCCCCAAACCCAGCACAGGGAUUCCUUAGAAAACUGCGGAGAGGAUCAGAGAGCUGGCGGCUCAUGAAGGGUCAAGAUUUAUCCAGGUUUGUGUAUCCCACUGUACUGCCAGGCUGGAAAAGGAGACGGGCCAGGAGAGGCUGCGGGCUGUCCGGGAUGUGGGGCUGGGAGGAGGCUCUCCCGGCUGUGACAGGCGCCUUUUCCUUAAGGAAAAGGAGAGAUCAGAGAGCAGGUGAGAUGGGAAACAAAAAUGAGUCUGAAAAACAGAAUAAAGCGAGAGUAUCCUAGGAGAGGCGUUUUUACGAGCACUGUUUCAGUGACUACAUUUGGUCCUUAAAAAAACAAAAACAAACAAACAAACAAAAAAAAAGGAGCAGAUUCACACGAAUAUCUACUAGUGAUUUAAAGAAAUAUAUUGAAAGAGAACCUGUUUUCAAUGUGUAAUUUAAUGGUAAGAAAAGCCAGUAUCUGUAAAUAACUUUAGAUAUUGUAUCUAUGAGAAUCAUUCUUUGUUUUAUGUACUUGGCUCUUUUCAUAUUUAUUGUGCAGAGGAGGGUGUGCCCCGUGCCGGUGUAUGCUGCUGCACAUCCCCAUAGUACUUCUCCCAGAGACUUAUCUUCAGAGUUUACAGUCCUCGGCGAUUUGUGACUGAUGUGCCACACUUAGCUAAUUCCGCCGUUAUUUUUUUAAAGGAUUAUUUUGGCACAGCUAAGCUGCUUCUGUGUGUUGGUCAGUACAACUGCUCCCCAUACGACGAGAACCCCAAUAAAAACCGUCCUUUGCGUGUG